AAAGCAGUCGCAGGAUAGAACAACCUUAUAGUGAGAGUUGAGGUGGGUUGCAGUAAAACUUUGCUGCCAAAUCUCUUCAAAUCUAAUGUUGCAACUGUUGCAAUAGAUGCAACACUUCAUCUGCACAACUAAGGUAAAAAAAUGUUGGCUUCGUGGGGCCAUUCCACAUGAAGUGGAAAUAGCUCAACACAAUUUGUGGGGAUGAAUUUAAACACACAUACAUCUGCAUUUCUGUUGGAGAAUAAUGGCGAAAAAGCUAGUGAAGUACUGUUUGGUGGAUACGUUUGCAGAGACGGCGUUCAAAGGGAAUCCGUCGUCGGUAUGCGUGGUGGAGGAGGAGAAAGAUCCCGAGUGGCUGCGGAAUGUGGCUCGCGAGUUCAACCAGGCUGUGACCAGCUACUUGACUCAGUCCACCACCGGCUUCCAGCUGCGGUGGUUCACUCGCGACGGCGAUGAGAUUUCAAUUUGUGGGCAUGCAACUCUAGCAGCAGCCUAUUAUAUUUUACUACGCCUCUUGCCCACCGGCGACGCCGUCCAACUAUCAACUUUGUCCGGAAUCAUCAUCGCCCGGAAGGUUCCAGAACUUUCCAUUCCGCCAUCGUUCUCGAUCGAGCUCGACUUCCCCGUGCUGCCGUUGGAGGAUUUUAUCCCUCCCGAUCUAUCGCAGAUCGAGAAAAUGCUCAACACUGAUUCUAUCACCGAGAUCAAGAAGACAAGCCGUGAAAAUUACCUCUUGGUGGUUGUGGCAUCUGGGGAAGCUGUUAGAGGUGUGGAUGCAGAUAUUGGUGCAGUGAGAAAGUAUCCUGUGAGAGGGCUCAUCGUCACCGGAAAAGCGCCUUUUGAGUCGGAAUACGAUAUCUAUUACCGUUUCUUCUGCCCUAAUCUGGGCGCCGAUGAGGAUCAUGUCUGUGGAAGUGCUCAUUGUGCCUUGGCACCCUACUGGUCUCAAAGACUCGGCAAAAAUGAUUUUGUGUCGUAUACUGCAUCGACAAGAGGUGGAGUGAUUCAUGUGCAUCUUGAUGAAAAGAAUGAGAGAGUAUUGAUCAGGGGAAGAGCUGUCGCGGUGAUGGAAGGCUCCAUUUUGGUCUAAAACUGUGGUAUGAUGGAAUAGAUGUUAUGGAACUAGGAGUGAUUCAUAUGCUUGGUAUGUACAAAGAAUAUUAAAUGAAGGGGUAAUUGCCUGUAAAUUCCUAACGUUUACACGGAAUUGGUUUUUGCACUUUUUUUUU